AUGGUUCGUGUGCCAUAUCUGGAGCUAAGCAGCAGCGAGAUGACGAGCUCCCUGCUGAGCCAAGGCCGCCAGCUGUACGCGUGCUCGUACUGCCCGUACACCUCAGUGCGGCGGUACACCGUGAAGCUGCACGAGCGCACCCACACGGGCGAGCGGCCGUUUGUGUGCAACGUGUGCAGUCGACGCUUUGGGCAACGCACCCACCUGAUGGUGCACCAGAAACGACACGUCUCGGAGAAAAAGCCCCGCAAGUUGUUCGAGUGCCCCGACUGCCCAGCGCGGUUCUUAAGCAAGAGGUGGUUCAAAUGCCACCGCAUUUCGCGCGCAAUGUGA